GCAAUAUUGAUGUCAAGAGCGAGGUGAGCGCUGGAAAAACACACGUGACGCUGGACUGGAAUGCACUCUUGGGCAUACCUGCUCGCCUACCCUUCUGCUCUGCCGUGAUAACCGAGACGGGGACCAUCUACGUCUCGGGCGCAGUGGGUGCCCGGAAAGGCAGCGAUGGAAAACCUACCGUGGUUCCCGGAGGCCCCGAGAAGGAGACGGUGCAGACGCUGCGCAUCAUCGAAGCAUGUCUGCGGGCCUGCGGCGCAGGUCUCGAACAUGUGACCAUGGUCCACGCCUACUUGGUGGAGUACACCAGUGAACGCUUCCAGGCGAUGAACGCUGGGUACAUGGAG